GCGUGUUUCAGAAUGUUCGAAGAAAAUGAAAAAGGAUCGAGCAACAGGACUAUGGCGUACACCCAUAUUACCAGUCCCCUUCGCUUCAAACAGACCAUAGAACACGAACCCAGCUCCUCCCUGCCGCGGAUUCCUAAGAUGGAACUAGUCCGCCAAGAGACGGGGUUUGUCAACGAUGCCAUCAAGACUGUCAUCUCGUACCGGGCGAAGAAGAUACCUAUCAUACCCGUAUACGAUGCUUUGUCGGAUAGGGAGUGCAAGGGUUACUUUCUGUCACCGGUUGUGCAGGGAGUAUUGACGAGGACAAUGUCACAAGACGACAUUAUUUUACGCGACCCAAAGAAGUCCAUCAAUAAACUAAGCGUCCGUCGACGAUGUGUGGAAUCUCCAGGGACCGCCGAAAAAGCCAAAAGAGAAAAAGCAUUCGUCAAUGAUGCAAUAAUUACGGAAAGGCGGAGAACAAAAUAUAAAGACAUUAUACCAAAAUAUGACGCGGCGAAUGAUGCGGACUCGAGGCACUACUUUAAGCGGAGGGACGUGAAGGACCUGUUAUCAGUGACGUGCUCACUGGAAAAGAACCGAACGAAUCGAUGGUGGCACCUCAGCGAUCCAAACGACGAGCAACUGAUGCGAGAGCGAACUUUCAUCAACGACGCCAUCCAAGCGAAUAAUAGAAAAACUCGGUACAAGGGCCUCAUACCACCAUACAACGCCAUGAAUGACAAAUAUGCACGGUCUUUCGUACAGAAGGAAUUACCCAAAAUGACUGGAGACAAAAAGCAGACGUAA